AUGCUCUUCAACAUCAUCAUCGCCUCGUUCGCGCUCCUAGGCUCUACUAUCGCUAAAUCAUGCAAUGGUCACACUGAGUUGUGCUCUCGCAAGUACUCAAACAUAACACAGAUCGGUACCCAUGAUUCGGCAUUUGUCGGUGUCUUGCCAACAGACAACCAGUUUCUAUCUGUCACUUCGCAGCUUGAUGGUGGCAUUCGGUUUCUCCAGGCCCAGACCCAUAUGGAGAGAGACGUCCUCAGACUAUGCCAUACCUCAUGUCUAUUGAAGGACGCAGGUCCACUUGUGUCUUACCUGACCACUAUCAAAAAGUGGAUGGAUGCGCACCCAAACGAAGUCGUCUCGCUCCUCUUGACGAACGGAGAUAGGGUAGAUGUAGCCAAAUUCGGCGCCGACAUGAAGACCUCGGGUCUGGCAUCGUACGCCUACGCUCCGGGCAAGCGCCUUGCCAUGGCGGAUUGGCCAUCACUGCAACAUCUCAUCGAUGCCAAGACCCGACUUGUCGUGUUCCUUGACUACGGUGCGAACACAGCCAGUGUUCCGUACAUCAUGGACGAGUUUGCGUACUACUUCGAAACUGGGUUCGAUGUCACCGACAACGACUUCUCGUCUUGUGCCCUCGACAGACCUGAUGGAACGGACGGGAGCGGCCUCAUGUAUAUCGUCAACCACUUCCUAGACGUCGACCUCUUCGGUAGUGUCCUGGUCCCCGACACGGUAGAGGUGCACAGAACGAACGCUGCGAAAGGAGACGGAAGUGUUGGUGCGCAAGCAGCUCUUUGCAGCUCAAAGUGGGGAAGACGGCCGAAUGUCAUUCUGGUUGAUUUCUUCGAGACUGGGGAUGUGUUCCGUGUUCAAGAUGCCUUGAACGGUUUUUGA